AUGGGAAAAGGAACAAAGGAUAAGCAGAAUGGUUUCUGGAUGUACAUGGAAUACUUGAUUAGGCCAAAAAUGGAACAAAAAUUGGGUAAACGAGUGAAAGCAGUUGAUUUAAUACAAUUUGGACUACCUCACUGGACUAAAUUGAGUUUCGAAGAGAAAGAAGCAUGGAAGGAAAGAGCGAAAGAAUGCAACAAGUCAUGGUCUAAAUAUCGUCAAAGAAAGCAUCAUCCAAAGGAUUUCGCACAACUUUGUAUGUCACAAAAAUUGAAGCCGUCUAAAAUUAUACCACCAUCACGCCGUUACGAUGAAGUUGAUCAAUAUUCACGUAAAUAUUUUUCUGGAGUUGAUGAUUUUGAAGGAAAACGUGAAAAUGAUCGAAAAGAGUUGAUCGAUCGUUAUCAGUGGAAAUUUAUACAAAAAGACCUAGAAAGCAGGGAGGAAUUUUUUCGUGAUUCCGAGAUUAUAAUUGUGACAGUCAAUGUUUAUUAUGAAGACAGCUUAAAUGAGCGGGUCAUACCAUCUGAAAUUUCAAUAUUGAAAUUCAGCAUUAAACGCGGAAUUUAUGACCAUCGUCACUAUAUCUUAGGUUUUGGAGAAAAUAGAAUACUGUGCAAGAACUCUAAAAUAGAGACUGAACAAAAUGAGCAAAUAACUGGAUUGCUGAUGGAUUACGACAAGAUGUCUGCAAAUGUUCGAUUUGAUUACGCUCAAAUUUGGGAUGAGAUAAAGGCAUUUACGAGGAUAGAUGGUGAUGGUGUGAAACUUUUGUUGCUUUCCAAAGACUGGAAUGUAGUUGUCGGAUCAUUUGAUGCUCUUUUUAUGCACGCGAAUGAAAAAUCAUUUUCUCGUAUUGAGACACGUUUUGCAACUUUAGAAGAUUAUUUCAUGGUUGUCUAUGCAACAGUGCAUGAUAUUUGUGUAAGUAAUGAAAUUAAAGCGGAUGUGGCCAGAGAAAUGAAUGAAUCAUGGUACCGUGCUGUGUUUUUUGAUUUGAUGACUUGUAAUUUUCAUGCUGGAUUAAAAUAUACCGAGCAGUGUCAGGCCGGAAGUUGUUCUCUUUCUGCUGCUCACGAAGCUGCGUUCAGCUUUUUUACACUUUACAAAAAGCAUGUUUUUCUUGCAUGCGAAUUUACCGGACGACAUAUGCCGAACAAAGCGUUACUAUCAACAGUUGAAGACGGUUUUUUGGUACGGACGCGGCACCAGCUAUCGGAUUUACGCUCAUCCAUUCACAUUCCGGACUGUAGUUCGGUUGAGAAUAUUCCAACACAGUCAAUUUCACUGCUGUUACCUAAAAGGACAACAUUAAAAUCAAAUAUGGUGGAUGAAACAGCUUCGGGAUAUGAUACCAGAAGUGUCAAACCUACCGCCUUAGAGAGAAAAACAAGACCCAAAUAUGACAUAUUAAUUGAUAAUAAAGAUGGCGAAUUAGAAAGUAUGACUAAUCAAAUCGGAUUUCAAUAUGAUGUCAAAAGAUGGUUACAUAAUCAACCCUCAUUGUCGAAUGCGGACAAUUGGGAAAUGGGUUUCCUGCGCAAUCCUCAUAUUUCUGAUGCUUCCACACUUGAUAAACAUUACUCUCCAGUUGGUGCGGUCACUGAUCAACAGUUGUUUUCAACAUCCCAGUUCACAUCCGUUUCAGCAUAUCGGUCUUGCCAAGAAAUCCCACCAUAUCGGAGCGAAGGACUAAAGUCAAAUUUUGUUGAAAUUGAUACAACCAAAAACCAAAUGUCUUUAAAUUACCAGUUUUCCUCAGAUGAUACAGAAUUUUCUAAUGCUGCGAUUAGUGGUGAUCUCAACAAUAUUUCACUUGGUAAUGAAAAAGAUGAUAUGCUCGUUGAUCUAAGCCUAAUUGAUAACGAUAGCGAUGCAGAAUUAUUCUGUGACGCUUCAAUCCCUUCUUCAUCGCUUUGUAGGCAAGGUUUUCUGAUCCAAGCAUCGCAACAGUUAACACCAAAAAUGUCUGAAGGCUAUCAGAAUGACUCGUCUUUAAAAACGUCAAAUAAAGUCAAACAAACUUCUGCGCCCUCAUCUAAAGAAACAGGAAUAAAUCGUAAUACUGUAAAAAGUACUCGUAAUACUUAUUCUGUUUCUGGUAAAUCAGGCGAAGUAUUUUCGAAAGUCAACCAGAAUAGGAUUAUUCCGUCAAAAGGAGGAUUGCUAGGAUGUAAUUCCCAUAUCUCAUCCUCUCCGCAGAAAAUGCGGAAAUCGCCUUUACUUAGUGAUAAUAUGAUUCCUGAGCGAACAUCUGGUGGUUUCUGUAUUCCAAAUAUCUGCCAGACAAAUGAUUCAUGCAUAAGGAAAAAUCGCUCAGCUGCAUCAGCAUCAUGUGGAGAAACGGGAAGCGGGCAGAACACUCAUAAAAAAUCCGGAAUAAUGGCAAAUCAAAUAGUGAUGCCAAGAAAUCCGCACACGUCGAAUCAAAGCUUAGCUCGAAAUGAACAAAAAGAAAGAAAAGAGGAAGCAUCCGCUGAUAAAUUACAGUAUCAAUCGCUUCUCAGUUCCACUCAGCCACUACUUGUUAAUAGCAUCGAUGGACAUAAGUGCACGAGUCAGAAAGUAAAUAUUAUGAAAACAUUUGUUUUGGAGCCUCUUAUUUGUAAAGAGGGAGAAAUGUUUGGUUGGUCGGAGAACGUACAAAAUGCUCCCGAGCAGAAGUUUAUUCGGUGGCUGAAUUCGGCGUAUUUCGAACCUGAAAUAUCCAGAAACAGUAGUUGA